AUACACCUCAGUCCGUCUGCUGAACUGUUGAGCUCACAGCAACAAUGGACCUUAUGGGCAACUGGAACAGCCUUUUUUCCCAAAUGACAUGGAGACAGAUUGAUCAGAGCGUGUCCACAGCAGAGAUUGGAGACUUGAUUGAGUUUGCACAUCCAUGGUCCGGAAUGUCUCUUUGGGGUGUUUAUGUUGGAGAAGGCUGUGUUAUCCAUUUUGGAGUGGGAGAUGAGAACAUGACACAGAGAGCCUGCCGCAGCUUCCUUCUCCAAAUGGUUCCAAAGUCAAAAGGUGAUCGUGUUCUGAGGAAGACCAGGAUCUGCACUCAGCGCAUUACAGAGAUCAAAGUGCCGCUGGGAACUCGAAUCAGGGUCAACAACAACAAGCACAACCUGUUUCCAUCUCCAGAGGAGACGAUGACCAAUCGCUGUGAGACUUUCCUGCAUCAGGAGUUCAAAUACGACCUGAUGAACUUCAACAGUGAGCAUUUCGCCACAUUUGUUCGAUACGGCCAUGCUGUGUGCAACCAGAUUCCCUUUAAGGAAAAGAGUGACACACCUGGGGACACAUCUCAAACUCUGCACAUGAUAAUGCAACAACGGAUGGAGACAGAAACUUAAGAUCUUCUGCGGCGCCUCCCACGUACACAAUCUGUCCCAUUGACUUUGUUAAUGAGCAAAAAUAAAACUCUUUAGCUGA